GCGCAGGGGGCGGGCCCGCGGCGCGCCACCGGAGGAGGAAGUGGUGCGGUUGUUGCUCCCUCUGCACCCACUGCUGGCUCGCGGGGCGCGGAGAGGGGCAACUACCACCGCCGCCGCUCUGGCUCCCUCCUUACUACUGUUUCCCUCCAUGUGCUCCGGCGCCGUCUCUCCCCUUCCUCAGGCCGCCGCUUACCCCGGGGUCUAUGGAAGUAAUGGAAGGACCCCUCAACCUGGCUCAUCAACAGAGCAGAAGAGCAGAUCGCUUAUUAGCCGCAGGGAAAUACGAAGAGGCUAUUUCUUGUCACAAGAAGGCUUCAGCAUAUCUUUCCGAAGCCAUGAAGCUCACACAGUCUGAGCAGGCUCAUCUGUCACUGGAAUUGCAAAGGGACAGCCACAUGAAACAGCUCCUCCUCAUCCAGGAGAGGUGGAAAAGGGCCAAGCGGGAGGAGAGGCUGAGAGCCCAGCAGAGCACAGACAGGGAUGCAGCCGCCCAGCUUCAGGCACCGCACAGACCCACUUCUGAGGACGCAGAGGGCCAGAACCCCCUUCUCUCUGAGAAAUACAGCCCUUCCACGGAGAAACAUCUGCCUGAAAUCCAGGGGGUCUUUGAC